GGGACACCGGCCCUCGUGGACUGAGAUUGCCCACCCCUGGUCUAGCCCCUUUCUGCAUUGCUGCUACCUACUGGCCUGGAGCCACUGCUGCCACCAUUUGUGAAGUAGUCAGACUCGAACGUCAAGGAAGGUGGUAGGGAAGCAGACUACACAGACAUUUCAGGUUUCCAGAGGUGAGCAAUUUAUUUACAGUGAACUUAAUUUAAUGUGUAACUUAACAAACCUCCCCCCCCAAAGUAACUCAAUUAACAAAACUCAACAGAACAUUGAUCUGGUAGCACAACUCAGCUCUCCUCUCUCAUCUUCAUCUUAAUCUUCUUCUUCUUCUUUUUCUUCUUUCAUGUUUAACGGUGGCUUGCAUCCAAAAAUGUUGCAUUACUGCCAUCUCCUGGCUUUUAAUCUUACUUCACUCCUGAAUCCUCAGAUCCUCUUGAUGAGACUAGUAUUUCUCAAAAAACGAAAAACCACCACUUUCCCUUCACCAUGACAUAACUUAUUAACCACUUGUGCAAACAUAAGUUCCCUUCCACCACUCAUUUCAACCCUCAUCACCCUCCUGUGACUUGCAUACUUCCUACAACUAAGAAGCACAUUAAAGUAGACAGAUCAUUAACAGAUACUAAGAAGAGGAAAUUGACCACAGAUAUUUGUCAAAAACAUUUAUAACAGAUUGGAGAGCAAAUACAGUGACUUUUUACAGAUGUAUACAGAUGGGUCAAAAGAUCCCAAAACUGAAGCAACUAGUGUAGCAGUGGUAAUUCCAGAGUUAAAUAUCAAGAUUGCAAAAAGAACAUCAAAUCUUCUGAGUAUAUAUGCAGUUGAGUUAUAUGCCAUACUGCUGGCUCUAGAAUGAGUGGAAGACAGCAGAAUUUCAAAAGUACUGAUAUGUAGUGAUUCAUUGUCAGCAGUAUUAAGUAUUGAACAAGGAAACACAACUACCCAUCAGCAACUUUUGUAUGAUGUUCUUUUUGCUCAUCAUAGAUUGUCUGACCAAAAUAAACAUGUAGUAAUAAUGUGGACUCCUGCUCAUGUGGGUAUUUUGGGUAAUGAAAGAGCAGGUAGGUUGGCCAAAGCAGCUGUUAAAAAAGUCGAUAUAGAUGUACAGAUACCACUGUCAAAAUCUGAAGGGAAAAGUAUAGUUUGGACAGAAAGUAAGAACUUCUGGCAAAUGGCAUGGGAUAAUGAAACAAAAGAGAGACAUUUAUAUAGGGUGCAAAACACAAUAGAAGUUAAGAGGAGUAGUGGGUUAAAGAGACAGGAGGAGGUUAUUAUAAGUAGAAUACGAACAGGCCACUGCUUUUUAAAUGGUACUCUUUUUAGGAUAGGGAAACGUAUUUCAAUGUCCAUUGUUAUGACCCAGGUCAUUGUUGCCGUGUGGUGCUGUUACUCGCCACACCAGGCGGGGGCAUUGUUUGUACUCUGUGAUGUCUGUGUUAUGUAAGUUUCCAGGUGGAGGCUGACCAUUGGUGGAAGAGGGAAUGAGGCCGGCUACAAAUUGGGACCUGACUGGGCCGGCAGCCCCUCCUCCUGCUUCCUGUUUCCAGUGAGCUGCGCGUUUGGGGCCCUUCGUGCCGUGUGACGGAGUUUUCCGGGAUGAGAAUAGCUAGGCUGCAGUAAAAAUAGUGUAGAGAGUCUUCUAUCUGGACAUGGUAGCUGUAGGGGUGGGAAGCCGUUUCUUGUACAACCUUUUUCUCCUGUUUCGGGUAGGGAGACAGGUAAGAGGCUUGUAUUUUCUUUUGGGGUUGUCUCACUAUAGGUAAGCUAGUUCUGAUUCAUUUCUAGUGUGUUUUGUUUGUUGUUUUGGCUAUGCCCACCCUGACGCUCGCUACCUGUCAAGUUAAUAAAACGACUAGUCAUUGUAAAGCUGUGGCUGUGUGAUUUACUUCUUUUUCUUAUUUUUCUUGUGUUGCACUCCAGCCCCCUCCCAGGCCGGUGUGUAACACCAUAUGGGUACACAUCUGAAUCUGGUAGAGACUGGCUUUAAAUAGGGCCAUCAAUUUCCCUUCAAUUAGCCCAGCCAGUACCACUCACUUGAACUGAGGGAUCUAAAACUCUACACAGAUGAUUAAAAAAAGACACAAAACAUCUUCACACUUCUAAUUGGCACAUUUACACAACUAAACGGCUGUGUUAAUGAAAAGAAAAAGAUUCAACAAAUCCCUUUAAACCUUGACACAAACAAAAGGAAGCAUUUCUAUGGACAAAGAAACCCCUCCACUUGGUUCCACCUGCUGAUGUCAUGUGUGACAUCAUCAGGACUUUAAAAUGAGGAAAUGCUAGGCGGGCGUUUCCCCACACCUGACCCUCAUGAAGACUAAAAAGAGAACAAAGCUGUUGUUAAGGGCUGAAGUGAGAUUCUGUUGCUCACUUUCUUCUUCAGUCAUCAUCCAGGCAACAUGAAGACCGCAUCUGUCACACUGCUCUUUGGUGUGUGUGUGCUGCUGCUGUCUGCACUGAGUGUUUCUGCAGUGUCUCUGUCUGUCAGUCCAAACCUUCAGCAGUUCUUCAGUGGAUCUUCUUCAGUGUCUCUGAGUUGUGUUGAUGAUGAUGGACAGACAGUUGAUAGAUGGACAGUGAAGAGGACCAGAGGAGGACUCACUGAGGACUGUGGAGCAGCUGCAGGCUUUGGGAAGGUUCAUGGUUUCUCUUGUUAUCUGGACUUCACAACAGUUUCGAGUGCAGAUUAUUGGUGUGAAUCCAGUUCUGGACAGAAGACUGAUGUUGUCUCCAUCAGUAGUUCAGAAAAAGGUGUGAUCCUGGAGAUCCCUGCACUUCCUGUGAUGACAGGAAGUGAUGUCACUCUGCGUUGCAGACAGAUCAAUGGUGAGAUGGUGGCAGCUUACUUCUUCUUCAGUGGACGUCGUCUUGGAUCUGGAUAUAAAGAGCACACCAUCUCCAACAUGCAGCAGUCUAAUGAGGGUCUCUACUGGUGUGCUACUGAUCUGUCUGGACCAUCUCCUCAAAGCUUCCUGAAGAUCAGAGAUCAUCCUACAACCGCUGUCAGAUCUUCUGUGGCUCCUCCUCAUCUUGAAACAAUGCCCUCCAGCUCCUCUGUCCCCUCUUCUUCUCAUCCAACCAACUCUACCUUACCUCCUCCUGCUCCUCAACCUCCUCCUAUCUCUGUGUCUGUGUUUAGACUUCUUUUCCACCUGCUGGUCCUCUGUCCAUACUUCAUCACGACGGGUCUGCUGCUGUCCAUCUGCUUGGACCGGAUCUACACCAAAAGCUCAGGAGACAGAAAUGUCGUUUCCAUGGAAAUGACCCACCAGGUUGGGCAGAAUGACCAUGUUGCUUUUGACAUCACCACUGAGCAUGACUUCUCUGAGUGAUCCGAAUCAAUAUUUCAGUGCAGCAGGGACCUGAAACGUCACUCUUCUUGAACUCUGAUGAAAAUGUAUCACACACAAGCAGAGAGAGCGAGCAUCACACAGGAAGCUUCAGCUUCUCAUUUCUCAGAAGGAAAAUGUAAUUCUGGUUUCCCCUCUUUCACUUCCUGAAAGCCCACUGAAGGUGUUUCAUCAGAGCCUCACUGAUACUUUUAAUAACUUGUUUUAUAUACUUUAUGUUUAUCAUUAAAAACUAUAACUAAAGAUAUAUUUCCCACACUGACCCAACACAAAAGACAAAAAAUAUAUAUAUUAUAAAUUAAUUAAAUAAAUAUGUAAAUGACCCGAACUUUACUGAGGUACACAUUAAUCAGUCAUGUUUAUAUGAAUACAAAACUGUUUAUGAGACAACUGACACAUAAGUAAUGCACGUAUAUAAAAAAUAAUGUUCUGAACAUCACUGAAAUAAAAUGAUGAAGCAAUAAACUGUUAGAGUCAGCUUCCUGUCUGUAAGGUAGUUUGCUGGUGCAGGUGAUUCUUUGGUAACUGUGUUUUAUGACAGGUUUGCAACCCACCACCUAUUUCUUAUAAAAACAUUAACAGCGACAGCAAAACUUUAGGUAAAAGUCUACUUCAAAGUUCAGAGUAGUUUGUAAAAAAAGAAAUCAAACUAAGUACAUAUAAUACAGACAAAAAGUCACCUGACAGUAGAAAGCACCAGUUGGUAGAGGUUGGCUGGUUUACGGGUCAUCAUGGCACAGUACAGGCUAUGUUUCCAGUGUUCAGAAACCCGGAUGAGGGGGUUGCACAGAUAAACCAUGUGUAUGUUUUACUUGUUUUAUAUUUCAUUCAUACACAAUAUUUUCAGUUUACAAACAUACAUUUAAAUGAAUAAACACAGAGUACUAUUUACGAACUGCUUUGUAAAAAAAAAAAAGUCACCUAAUCUGUGGUGGUCAUUUUUAACACUUUGUUUUUAUUUUUGUGUUUUUGUGUGUCUCAUCUGACCAGAAUCCUGAACUGAGAUCAGUAAAUAAAGCUCGUUUCCUCUUA